AUGAGCCACCACCUCAAAACAGGCAGGGGGAUGGGACUGCAGCCAGGCGCCUUCACCCAUCUCAACAAGCAACGACAAGUUUCCGGGCAAUUCAUGGAAGCUGACGAUGCUCCGGCACAAGUCAGCAUUGGCGAAAGAGACAUCAAAGAUCGUCUUCACGAAGCUUUGUACAAAAGAGCGACAAGACUCGACCGCCUCAGAGGGUUGAUUGUUGCCUGGGUAGACCACGGGUUCUUCAUCAUCGUUCCCAGAAAACACAAUGGCCGCCUUGUCGUUCGUUACCCUGCCCUGUCGGACCCUUUUACAGAAGCACACGCGACAGCUCGAUCACUCGCUUCGGGGAAGCCAACAUCCGAGAUACUGGGCACCGCCGUUUGUUCUACGCACUUCACCAUCCCUAUCAAUCACAGAGUCGUCACCGGGCCCCAGAUGAUCUUGAACCUGCUGGUUGCGAUGGACGAACUUUGCGAUCCCGAGGAUGGAUCACAACUCCAACCAUCAGUUCAUCAUGGGCGGUUCGCUGGCCUACCUUCCCCAAGCUCCAACUCAGCGCAUAGGAUGGCAUUGGUUGCAGUUCCUGGUGUCAAACAGAGCCACUCAUUCCCAGACGAAACAAGAUCUUUUAUUCUUUCUCGACAUCUUGACAACUGCCGCGACACUCGACCGAUCGACGAAACGAACCGCCGCUUUUAUACCCGGGAGAUUCGACAGUGGCCAUCUCAGUGGCGCAUCUGA